GGACGGGGAGGGCGGCGGCAACAAAGGCCGUUCCCCGCCCCCGCGCUCUGCUGAGCCGUCCUUGCGGCACGAAGAUGCCCGCGGAGCUGCGGGGCCUCGCGGUGCUGCUGCUGCUGCUCAGCGCCCGCACAGCGCUGGCUCAGCGCUGGCGCAAUGAGAACUACGAGAGACCAGUGGACCUGGAAGGCUCUGGGGAUGAUGAUCCCUUUGGGGACGAUGAACUGGAUGACAUCUACUCGGGCUCCGGCUCAGGCUAUUUUGAGCAGGAGUCGGGGUUGGAGACAGCGGUCAGCCUCACCACGGACACAUCCAUCCCACUGCCCACCACAGUGGCCGUGCUGCCUGUCACCUUGGUCCAGCCCAUGGCAACACCCUUUGAGCUGUUCCCCACUGAGGACACGACUCCUGAGCAAACAACCAGCGUCUUGUACAUCCCCAAGAUAACAGAAGCACCAGUGAUCCCCAGCUGGAAAACAACCACCACCAGUACCACUGCCAGUGACUCCCCCACUACCACCACCACGGCUGCCACCACCACCACAGCUGCCACCACCACCACCACCACAACCACCACCACCGUCAGCACCACCAUGGCCACCUCCAAGCCCACCACUACCCAGAGGUUCCUGCCUCCCUUUGUCACCAAGGCAGCCACCACCCGGGCCACCACCCUGGAGACGCCCACUACCUCCAUCCCCAAAACCAGUGUGCUGACAGAGGUGACCACAUCACGGCUUGUCCCCUCCAGCACAGCCAAGCCGAGGUCCCUGCCAAAACCAAGCACCUCCAGGACUGCAGAACCCACGGAAAAAAGCACUGCCUUACCUUCCAGUCCCACCACGCUGCCACCCACAGAAGCCCCCCAGGUGGAGCCAGGGGAGCUGACGACGGUCCUCGACAGUGACCUGGAAGUCCCAACCAGUAGUGGCCCCAGCGGGGACUUCGAGAUCCAGGAGGAGGAGGAGACAACUCGUCCUGAGCUGGGCAAUGAGGUGGUGGCAGUGGUGACACCACCAGCAGCACCGGGGCUGGGCAAGAAUGCAGAGCCAGGGCUCAUCGACAACACGAUAGAAUCAGGCAGCUCGGCUGCUCAACUCCCCCAGAAGAACAUCCUGGAGAGGAAGGAAGUGUUGAUAGCUGUGAUUGUCGGCGGUGUGGUGGGAGCCCUCUUUGCUGCCUUCCUUGUCAUGCUGCUCAUCUACCGGAUGAAGAAGAAGGAUGAGGGCAGCUAUACGUUGGAGGAACCCAAACAAGCCAAUGUUACCUACCAGAAGCCGGACAAGCAGGAGGAGUUCUACGCAUAGGACGAGAGCCUGGCAUGCCUCAUGCUCCCUGCUCCUGCUCCAAACUCUCCCUCUUCUCCUCCAUCCCGUCUCUUUAUCUCUCUUCUCUUUUGGAUCAGACUGUGAAUUUAAAAAGCAAAAAAAAACCCACAACAAAACAACAAACAAAUGAACAACAAAAAACAAACAAACACAAAAGGAGAAACCGUACCUUUGGCGCGAGGAGAUUGCCACGUUGAGGAUGGCGGAUGGAGCUCAUGGGGCUUUUCCCACCUCUAUGGUGGACUCUGGGAUCCGGACACCUUGUACCAGCCCUAGGGUGCAGGGUUUGGAUUUAUCUUCUUUUUCUGUCUUUUAUUUUUUAUUUUUUUCCUGUUGGAAAGAAAGGAGGCUUUUUUCUCUCUCUCUCUUUUUCUUUUUUGUUUUUUCUUAUUUUUCUUUUAUUUUUUGAAUGGAGCUGGUUACUUUGCAGGAAUUCCCUUUUGCUCCCAGCUUCUGUUUGAAAAGAGGAUGCAACUCUCAGAUAUGCUUUGAACCUUGAAAAAGCACAAGGGGCUGGAAUACCUGGAGCCCUGGGAUUUGCUCUUGGAAUCACGGCCAGCUCCCAUCUGGAGAAUUCAUGGAACACCAAGAAAACAUGUUUGGGUUCCUCAUGUGGAUCCGCUCCGGCCACCAGCAUCCUUUACUGCAUCGUUAUGCACAGCCAGAGACCCAACAUCUCUAGAACCCAUGUGGUGUUGGUGUGGUGUGGAGCAGGGCCUGUGCUUUUGCUGGGUUUUCACUGUGACAAAUAAAGCUCAGCUUGCAUAGCACUGAUUUUCAAAUGGUGUGGGAUGGCGCUUGGUGGGGAGCUGACAUGGGGUGGGAAUGCAAACAUGCUUGGCUGGGGUGGUGUCCUGCAGCUCAGCAAGGAAAGGAAGGAGAAGCAGAGGCACUAAAUGACAUGAGUCAGGCACGAGGACCCAACCACAGGAACAUGGAGCUGUUUAGGGGCAUCUUGGAGCAGAGUAGAUCGUCUGCAUGGCUUUAGUGAGCCCCAGUGCUAAGCAUUUCUAUUCCUUUUGUUGAAUUUUGAUUCCCGUGGGGAUCAGCCCACAAGCAAAGAGCCCAGAAGCUGUCAUCAAACACAUAGUGCUCUCCCUUCUGUCGGUCCUCAACCUUCCCCUUUGAGAAGGGCCGGAUUUUGGAGUGAGCUCUCUGCACAGAAAAGUCAAUUAGAUAUUUCAAUUAGCUGGCUUUUAAUUAGCACUGCUUGCCAUGCAGCUGAGGAUCUUUUUUUAACGAUGGCUGCAAUCUUGGCAGUGUCCUGUGGAGAUGUUGGCUUUACUCUUAGAGCAGUUUAAAGAGUAGAACAACAAAAAUAUCAGUUCCUCCAACUCUGUUGCACCAUGAAUUGACCUGCAUGGGCACAGUAGCACUUUGUCCCCUUCAGAACGUGAGUGAAUACAGGGAUUUAUCACCCUGCUGGAGACUGCAAGACAGCAGAGAUCCUUUUUAUGUUGGGAAUUUGAGAGACUGAAUGCGUAUGUAUAUGUAUGUACAUAUAUAUACACAUGCAUAUAUACAUGCACAUACAUACACAGUUUUUUAUAUAUUUGUGAAAUGAAACCCCUGUAACUUAUCAUUGCACUGUGUACAAUGGCUGAGCUGGGUCUGCUGAGGUUUGCACAUCAGCAUUCAGUCCUUGAGCUCAUUGAUGUUCUUAUUCCACAGUAAGGAGCACAGCCCAACUGUAACAAUCCCAGUUUUAGAGAAGUCAGCCGCAAAACAGUUGUCGUUUUUGUUCUCUGUGUUAAGAGAAGGCUGUUCUGUUGGCUGCCUUGGAUGGGAUGCUGAAGGUGCUGGUGUAUGUGUGUGUAUAUAUGCACCCAUUUUUAGUUCUGUCAGCAUGAGGAUGAGGAUGCUCUGAAGGUGACCACGUGGCUGAGGAAGGCUGUUGGCCCCAAGGGCUACUUCCAAGCUGCUCAAAGGGGAUUGCUUAAUGGCUUUGUGCUCUGUUCCCAAAAUGGCCCAGGUUGAUGGUGCAUGGCAGAAAUAGAACCUCUCCAUGGUAGCAUGAGUUGGGCAUGGCAGGCAUCCAGGCCACCCAAAAUCACUGUCUUUUGGAAUAACGUGGACUUAAUCUUUUGAGCUUACGUUAGGGGAAAAAAAAAGUCAACCCUCCCAGCUUAAUCUUUUAAAUGCUGCUUUUCUUAGCUGCUUCCCUAAUCUUCUUCAUUCCAUUUUUUCCCCCACUUAAUAGCCUGAACUUCUAUAAUACAAUUUUUUAUUCACUCAAGCUUAACCUUGGUUCGCUCAGCUGGUGUUAAGUUGUAAUUCUGGCACUUAAAUCCGUGACAGUUCCAGAAGUGAGGAAGGCUGGCAGCAGGGAGAGGAGCUGGGCAGAUCUUCUUACAGCCAUUAAAAGCAGAAGUCUGCAGGCCAAAAAGAAGGUGAAGCCAAUUAAAUUCGUAAUUAGAGCUGACUAGGCUUCAUUCGUUGUCCUCUUCUUCUACAUGGUUGCUCAGACGCAGCAGAGAUGUGAUCACAAGGAGGGUUCCUCUGGAAGUGGAAAUGAGUCUGGUGGGACAGAGCUGACCAAGUUCAGCUCCAAAGAAAUACAGACACCAUCAGUUCUGUGUAAUGGGGAAGGACAAAAACUGAUGGUGCUGUGAGGAUGUAAGCAGCCCUGUUUGUGCAGAAAGGCUUUUCCUUCUGCUUCCCCAUGUCUUUGGUGGAAGAGCUUUUGCUGUGCAAGCUGCUAUAUUUUAGGAGAGCAAUGGGACACAGGUGGCAUCAGGCAGUGGCAGGACUCAGGCUGGCAUUUAAUGGCUGGGUUUGGGUCACCUCUGAAGUCUUUCAUUCUGGAACUUUUAAGACUUAGCAGCAGGACUUGACAUGAAUUUCCCGUUCCCUCCCCAUUUUGCCUAUUGGGUGAUAAAAUCCCCCUUCUGGGCUCCUGCUCUCAAGAGUUAUCCAACCUCUACCGAGAGCCAUCAGCAUGGAGGCAAUAAUGGAAGCAAACCCAUCACUGAGCAAACAGAUGGGUUUAUGUGUUCCUUUCCUUUUUAUAACCACAUCUGGGUUUGGAGCUUUCCGUGGGGCUCUGUCAGCUCCCAGAAUGAUGCUGAGAAUUCACAACUGAAGUUUCCACUUGAGGCGGUGGGGAUGUCUGUGGCAUGUGUGUAUGUAUGUAUAUAUAUGUGUAUGUAAUUAAUAUAUAUGUAUAUAUGUAUAUGCGUGUGUGUGCAAAGCACACAAACGUACACAGCUUCAAUGCAAACUGCACCUAACAAGGAAGGGGUGCUGGGGGCUCCUUCCUUCACCUUUUCUAUGGGGGCAAGGAGAUGGUCCUGCCUCCCCAGCUUUACCAGAGCUUAGGCAAGGAGCCCUGCUGCCACUUGCCCCUUUCCAUGGCCGGAGCUGAAACAGAGCCUAAAACCCACAGUGAGACCCCCAAACCCACGUGGCUUCCCCCCACGUACUGUGCCUGCAGCUCCUUGGCCGUACCCACACUCUGUCCCUAUAGAGAAGUCUCAGUCUGGAGUUAGCAGAUUUUCUUCUUCUUCUUCUUUUUUUUUUUUUUUUUAAUAUAUAUAUAAUUUUUUUAAUUACUUUGUUAAAAUUCAUCCUAGGAGACGCCUGUGCAAUGCCCAGAUUUAUUCCCCCCGCACCUCGCAAACAGCUCCAUCACUGCAUUUCCAAAGACCUCAGGGGUACCAGUGACCCUCUGGGUGUUAAUCACCCCCUGGUCUAAGGCAUAAAUGUACAGCUGACAAUCAAAACUGACAGAAAUGCUGACUUUAAAAAUAAACGUAUCCAUUGCAGUUUGAUAGAACGUUUUUAAAACCAUGUGCUUAGUGCUCACCAACCAGGAUAAAUCACCGCCCAUCGGUCCUUCUGUAAAUAACCAUGAAACAUCCUUGUAUAAAUCAAAAA